GAGGCAAGAUGGCGGCGCGGUGCUUGUGGAGGAGGCUUUGCCAGGGAUCGUCUUUUCCUGUCAGCUAUGCAAGCAGAGUUAUGCAAAAGCAGUGUUUUCUUCCAAACAUGGACUUGGUGGGAGGACGGUUCUCUGGAUCCCACGUCCAUACAGAGGAGCCUAAGACUAAUCCUCUGGUGUCUAUUUCAGAUGAACCAGAAGUACUGUACCGGAGACUGUCCCUUUUAGUUAAAGGCCACGAUAGAGCUGUGUUGGACAGCUAUGAGUAUUUUGCAGUGCUUGCAGCUAAAGAACUUGGCAUAACUGUUGAAAAAGUACAUAAACCUCCAAAGAAGAUAGAACGACUCACGCUUUUGAAAUCUGUACACAUUUACAAGAAGCACAGAGUUCAGUAUGAAAUGAGAACACAUUACACCUGUCUGGAGUUAAAACACCUAACGGGCAGUACUGCUGCAGUGUACUUAGAGUAUGUUGAACGAAACUUACCUGAAGGGGUUGCCAUGGAAGUAAAAAAGACUAAGAUAGAGAAAAUACCUGAACACAUCCAGGAGCCAGUCUGGGAUACGCUACCUCAAGUAGAAGAAGCAGAAGUCAAAUCAUGAAUUCACCAGGUACUUGGGUGUUAGUGCUGGAACUAGUUGCUCCUAGCAACCUAAUUUACUAAGACAAUCUACUGAUAAAUAAAAGUCCCGUUUUAUAAAGUAA